AUGAAUAUUGGACCCGAUAAGAGCAAUACACAGCUCGAUCAGAAAGUCUUUUCCUCGAUCCUAAAUUAUCUCAAUCAACAACAACAACAACAACCUCCUUCGAUACCAUCCUCUUCGUCCCUGAAUCAGAAUAAUCCUUUGACACAAUCGAAUCAAGUCUUAUUGCCUCAUCAACAACAAUUAGAUCCUUCCUCAGAUUCAACCAAUCUCGUUCAAUUCUCUUCUGUGAACAACAACAAUCAUCCAACGAUCAAUAAUAUCAACAAUAAUAAUUACAAUUCCUAUUUUAGGAAUCUAAAUGCCACGAAUUAUACAGAUAAUACCAAUUCACAGAAUUAUUCAUUAUCAUCGGUAAAUUCCGAUCUCAUACAACAAUUAUUAUUAACUGCCAACACCUCGACUGGUUCCAGUUCCUCCUCGUCAUCCUUGAUGCCAAGUCAAAUGUCAACAACAACUAGUAAUCUUCAAGAAAAUUCUACAUGUAAUCAUCUCAACAUGAAUAACUCGAGUCUGACAGAACAAGAUGAUCCAGCAAAUCAUUUAUUGACAUCACCCACAAAUGUGACUUUUGAAAUGUUACUGGCAAAUGUCAUCAAAUCAUCUUCAUGGGAUGUAUGCCAGACAACAAUGGUCGAUGCAUCUGCAGAUGUUGCCGUAGAUCGUGGAGAUGAUUAUCAUGGUGUCUCAACAACAGCUCAAGUGAAUGCUGGCAGUGGGACGUCUUCCAUAAAUAGUAAUACUGUAAAUGGUAAUAAUGCCAGCAAUCACUGUUUGCAGCAGCGGAUACUUGUCAACCCGAUUGAAUCUCAACAGAUGACCCCUCAACGAUUAAUCAUUAACAUGCAACAACAGGAAGUCAUUGGAGAACCUCAUUCGGCAGCGGUUGCAUCGUCUUUAAUGACACACUCGCACAUGUCGCCUUCUGCCACUUGUCAUCAAAUUCCAAAUCAAGAAUAUCAUUCCAAUUGUUCUAAAAGUAGUGCAAGCGGAGCAAGUAGUAGUUUUGCAUGUAACACUAGUGUUGGCGAUCUCACUCCAAUUACCACAACCACAACUAACAGCAGUAGAAAUUCCAUUUGGUCGAGUCAUGUCGAAAAUUCAGAUUUUCAAUGGUUCGAAUCGACAUCAUCUCCACACAUGACAACAUUGGAAGAACAUUCUACAAGCAAUUCUGAACAUCAACAGAAAUUAGUUCCCCAUAAGCAGUCACUUGUCACUUCAUUAAAGAAUCCAAAAAGUGGUUCCAGCAAGAAGGACAAAGAAUGCAUGACACCUCCCCGAAAUAAUCCAACUCAUAGAGCCAGUGGAGGAAUUAAAAAGAAGAAACGAAAACCACCCCUUGUAGUUACAGGUAUUUCCAAAGAAACCUCCAACAGCACUGCUUCAUUAUUGAAUCAUUCGACACCAAACACUUCAAAUACUCAUGCAACGACAACGACGACAAGUACGUUGAUGAAUGUCACGACGACUACUUCUUCCUCUCUAACAACACCCAAUACGGAUCAUUCCACAAAUCCAUUGGGUGCAUUUUCAUUAACAACUCCUGAAGAAAUGAGUCUAAAAUUUCAACGCAUGUCCAAUGAAGAGGGCGUGAAGAGAAAAAGAGGAAGGCCAAAGAAAGAAACUGAACCUUAUGAGGUGAGGUUUGUGAAUGUGGAAAAUCCACAAGAGUUUGUGACGAAAAAGCGUUAA